AUGACAGCUCCAGCAACUCCUACCUCGUCGGUGGGAAAGCAGAAACAAGCAGAUAGAUGGAACAGACGUGCCAACCCAACAACUCCCAUAAAGAGACCUCGGACGCUGACAUCCAGCUCUGAUUCUCAACCACAAGACGACGAUAUGCAGACCAGUGUCUCUAGUGAGGCUCUCAUUCAAAUAGAGUCUGAACUUUAUGAUGAAUCCAUCGAGAAGGAUACAACUGCUGACCAACUGACUCGCCUGGAAGACGGUUCGGCGGCUGACACAAUCCUCCCGGGCCGUCGACCCAAGAGAAGUCGUAAAUUCUCAAAAUUGGAUUCACCUUUAUGA